GGCAGCUGAAACACAAAAGAGUCCAUGCUUGAAUGAUGGGAACAAAUGGUCGCUCUGGUAUUUUGCAAGUAAGUCACCCCUUAGAAGCAGGAAAGGGAAGAGUAAAAACGGCUGCCGCAUCUUGCCCGUUGCUGCAGAGAACAGAAACAGAGGUGACUGACUUUCUUUCGGUUCAUGUUUCUUGGAAAUGCCAUGUAAAACGAAACCGAAAGAAACCUCGUGAUGACAUUGACUGCAUGAGGUUAAAGCAGAUUGAUUUAACGCCCACUCUUCGAACUCACUUGCGUUACAAACGGGCAAAGUGUGCGAAAAUAAGAACCAAAAGUCGCUGUUUGUUAUAUGACGUUUGCUGUUCAUUUUGGGGGGGAAAUGUAUUUAGCAGAAACAUAGCCUACAAACGUUUUGUUUUUUUUGGUAGAAAGAACAUAUAAAAGACAGAUCAAAGCAGACAUUCGAAAAAGCAGACAAAUUUAAAAACAAUUCGGUUGCCGUUUAUUUACCAACAACCACUGUGCGGCGGUAGUGAGUGGUUUUUGCAAAGGCUGCUGGGAAAUGUUGAGGGUUUUUUUUUUUUUUUUUUUAACUCAAAACAGAUUGUGAAAUAUUGUUCCUACUGUCGCCUGGCACUGAAGAGCGAGCGCACAUGGAGGACGGAAGCGCUCCAAUGUCCUGGUUUACCAGCCCCGUCUACAACCGAUACUGGCAGCACUACGGCCAAGCGAUGGCCUGGCACCAGAGGCACAGGCGGGCCUACCAGAAAGCCUUGGAGGCCGCUUCCGGCCCCAUCUACCGCCGCCAGCGAGAGCGCUACGCGGACUGGCGUGCGUGCCAAAGUGACAGUGAAGAGGAAGAGGAGAGCAGCUCGGACGAUGAGAUCGAAUGCGACGUCAGUAACAUGGAGAUCAGCGAGGAGCUUCGGCAAUAUUUUGCUCAGACCGAGAAACACAAAGAGGAAUUAAGGCAGCAGCAACAACUUGAGGCCGAGCAAGGGGACAGCUACGUCCCAGCCGAUCGGGACCUGCGCAGCACCGGCCGGCAAGCCAGCGUGGCCCCGCCCACCGAGCGGCCGGGCGAAAGGCGUGGGGCCGAGAUGAAAAAGCUGUACGGUGAGGAUGCCGCCAAGAUUCUGGCCAUGGAGACGGCCAUGCAGCUCACCUUUGACAGAAACUGUGACCGCAAGCAGCCCAAAUACUGGCCCGUCAUCCCGCUUCGACUUUAGCACUAGUUGGCAUAUUAAAAGUGGAACACGGGAAAGAAGAGAUCUUUCAAAAGACUUCAUGUAACUGUGGGUUUGUUGAUGUGGGGACAAUACUUUUCAAGAUGAUCAAUCGUCUCAUUUUGGGAGGAGGGGAGGGACGGACGCUUGUUGCAACUUGUCUUUUAUAAUAAAGUCAAUUUUUCCUUUGA